CCUCGCAGAGCUGACAUGAACAUCUUUACUAAGGUCCCAGGAUUAGUCCAACAAACCAGCAAACUGGGGUCUGUGCUCCAACGUGCCUUCUACGGGUCCAGUGGGAGGGUGACCCUUUUUGAACAGCGAAACUUUGCUGGCAGAAAGCUGGACCUGAGCUCUGACUGCACCAGGCUCAGUGACAAGAACUUCCCAGAGAGAUGUAACUCUGUCCAGGUGGAGAGUGGAGCAUGGGUGGGUUAUGAGCAUGAAAACUUCCGGGGACGUCAGUACCUCUGGGACAUGUCAGACAGGGGCGAGUACAACUGCUACGAUAGGUGGUGUGCCCAAGGGGACCACAUCUCCUCUGUCCGUGCUGUCAAACAGGACAACAACCCUGCCAGAGCUCAGCUGUUUGAGCGAGCCAGUUAUUCUGGUAAGAAGAUGGAGAUCCAGGAUGACAUCCCCAACCUUAUGAGCCGCUACAGCCUCAACAGAGUAGCCUCCAUUCGUGUGCUCGGAGGAGCGUGGGUGGUGUAUCAGGAGCCCAACUACAGAGGACCCCACUACAUCCUGGAGAAGCGUGAUUACAACAACUUCUCUGACUGGGGCAGCCAGAACAGCACCAUUGGCUCCAUGCGGAGAGUUCGCUUCAACUGAACACCAACUCUGAGCUAUUGACAUUGCGCCCAUGAAACUUGUCAGCUUUAUAUACAAACAUUUACAUAUUUUUAGUAAUAAAUUUUUAAAAGCCAAA